ACGUGCGGGUCAUUUUCUGUAUGUUUGAGCGUUGUAUACACAUAAAAAAUAUAUCAAAAUCACAUAUAGUGAAUCAGAAUGGUGGGGAAAAUUAAACGGAUACGACAGAAGCUCCAUCACGGCGCUGUAAAGCUGGAAAAUGAGCAUGAAAACAGACCCAUGCUGGGGAAUCUGGAGAAGAUAGCGAUCCAAUCCAUUCAACUCACAAAAACAGAUUCACGACAGCCCAAAACCAACACAUCUGACAGUAGUAUUAGCAAUAGUUCAAAGGCUUUCAGUUUUCCCACUGGAGUUUUUGCUGGAACUAAAAUCUCCCCCGACUCUUUAGUUCAAACACUGAAGGUUGAUGAACCAUCAAAUGUGAUCGUAAGCAAACAGUCUGCAGGAGAACAGAAAGGCACGGAGGAAAAGAAACAUCAGUCGAAGAAAGAAAAAAUGAAGGAGCGGAGGGAAAGAUGGCUCAACAAGAUCAGUGGGAUCAAGCUGGCCCGUGAACAGCAGGUGGCACAAGCGCGGAGGAAGGCCACUCCUGUUGUGGGCGACAUGAGGCCGCUAGCCGACGCUCUUCCUGAACUCUCCCAGCUCCUCCCUUCUUUCAGAACCCCCACCAGGGCACAGCGGAAAAAUAAAGCUUCGGUUAAGAAGAAACCAGAACCCACAGACUUCAGCCUGAUGAAACCAGCCCAGAAACGAAAACUACUCGAGACCGAAGCAUCUUACUUCAACGAAGCCAUGAAAAACCCUGCCUUCAAGACCAACCCUUUGGCUGCAAUUGGUGAUCAUCUGCGAAAACGACUCAAACAGGAAGACGAACAGACUUAAUCGCAACUCUGGAGCGCCGCCCUGUUGUUAGACUACAAAAACUAUCUUAUUAUACGCUGGUACAUCGAAACAUUCAAAUCGGUUUUGUACUUCAUAACAGAUUAUGAAACGAAGAGGAAUGCCAAGAUUAGCAUAAUUUUGCAUUAUCUGGCACUGUAUAAACACUAUGGAUGCUAUGUUCCUCUGUGUCAUUUCAAAAAUGAGUCGAAGUGUAAAAUGAAUUGCGUUAGUGAUCAUGCUAUCAGAUAUUAUGAGUGUUUUCAUGCUGUCUAUUCCACAUGCUUUUGGCUAGAUACAAAUAAAUCCAAUUGAAAAUAA